CGCAAGACAGCAAUCGCAAGGCUUGAAGGUACAUCUGGUCCCGCCCAACCCGCCAGUGUUCAGAUAUUAAGUCUGUAUUAAUACUCAUAUUAAUACGAGCAUUCUUUCUUCGACCUGAUUUUUCGGCGUUUUGCGCGUAACCGUCACCAUGAAGCUCGUCCGGUUUUUGAUGAAGUGCGCCAAUGAGACGGUGACUAUUGAGUUGAAGAAUGGCACAAUCCUCCAUGGCACAAUCACCUCGGUUUCCCCGCAGAUGAACACCGCACUGCGCACCGUGAAGAUGACCCCCAAGGGCCGCGACCCUAUCUCGCUCGACACCAUCAACAUCCGAGGCUCGACGAUCCGCUACUACAUUCUCCCGGACAGUCUGCCACUGGAUACCCUCCUUGUCGACGACCAGCCGAAGCCUAAGAACAAGGCGCGCAAGGAAGCUGACCGCGGCGCUCGCGGCGGCGGCCGUGGUGGCCCUCGCGGCAGGGGCCGUGGACGCGGCCGGGGACGUGGACGUGGAUUCUAAACGGGAACAUAGACAAUGGCUAGGAGUUCUUCUCUUCUUCCGAUUUGAUUCGUUUUGGGUGAUAUCUGCGAUGGUUUCAUUUUUGCACCUCGAGGGUUCAGCUUCUAUUAUUCCUUUGUGCAAUGGGCGGGAAAAAAGAGAGUUCUAAUUUACCUUUUUUUUUCUUUCUUUUUCAUAAAUUUUGUCGGAUUCUGGUCGUAUGCAUCAGCGGCAGAGGGAGCGCUUGAAAUCAGCGAGACUAUCGGUCCUCGUAUGCGAUUGUUUUUUUGACACGAUUUGACAGACAGCCAUACCUCGGGUCUCGUGCAAGCUCAAGGCAUGAUUAGGCUCUUGUCGCGGGGGAAGUGUGGGUUUUAUCACGCAUGAACGAGGGAGCGAGAUCAUCGGACAUUGCUGCAAGCUGAUACGCGUUGAUGGGAGGAUCCAUGGAUCGACAUCUAAAGAAGUAUAAGUGGCAUGGUCUGCUAUACGACACUUGAAAACGAUUAUCUCGCAGAAAUAUGAUAAAACUUUGGAAAAGAAUAUGUGACGGAUAACAACGUCCACCGGCCUGU